AGUAAAUUUAAUUUAGGGGGCGUUUGACAGGGCAGAAAUCUACUGUAGCAAGAGGAAAAUAAUUCAAAUUUUUAAAAAUAUUUCCCUUUCGUCAAACAAGGGAUCAAAAAAAGAGCCGUUGGACUCAUUUCCGGAAUCACUUUUCCGGAAAUAUAUUUCUUUCCUGAGGGUGGAAAUAUAUUUCCGGAAUAAAAAAAAUGACCGUUGCGGCUCUCAUCCAGUCUCCCGUCGUCGCACUUGGAUUUCACUUGCUCUACGCCUUCUCGAUCUUUUCCGACGUCCACUAGCCAGCUGACGCUCCUCUAGUUCACGAGGCAAUGGAAGGAUACACCAGCCAAGUUGCCGCUGCCCAGCGAAGGACGCUGAUCGGGAACCCUCCACCCAUACUCCUCUCCCGCGAGCCCAUACUCCUCUGAUUUUAGCGUUGAUUCAUGACACGGCCAGCUUCCGGCUGGAUUCUCUCGGUUCUGGUGGUUUGCCCCCUGCGAGCCCUUUUCUGCAGCGUGAGAUGGGGGAGGCACCUCAUGCCUCCCCUUCCUCUGAGUCAACAUACAGGGAGAAGAAGAAAGAAUUGAGAGAAGGGAAAAAAAAAUGAAAUCAUGGCUGCCAUGGAAAAGAAUAGGGGAGAAGAAGAGAGAAUCGAGAGAAGGGGGGAAAAUGAAAUCAUGAGAAUUGGCUGAAUCGGAGAGAAGAAGAAGAAUCGAGAGAAGGGGGAAAAAAUGAAAUAUCUGCAAGGAAAUAAUUGAUGACGCAUGUCAACUGUUUGAUAAAAUGAUUGAGAGCGAGACGUUGUAUUGUGGAACCGUAUGAAUAGUGGGUAUGCGUAUUGUGGAAUUGUAUUAAUCGAUAUGGGAACGGCAGGUGCGGCUGAUGGCGGGAGGAUGCAGCAGGAACCCCCUCCUUCCCUUCCUCCUCCUCACUCCUUCUUCUUCCAAACUCCCUUCCUUUCCUUCUUCCAUUUCUACCAAACGAUGAAAUAUGUUUCUGAAAAUAUAUUUCUCAGUUAUCAAACACCCAUCAAAAUGGGAAUCGAAAAUAUUUUUCUCAUUCUCUUUUUCCAAGAAAUAUAUUUCCAGAAAUAUAUUUCCAAUUCCAUAAUUUCAUUCCAUCAAACGGCCCCUUAAGAAAAAGGAUUGGCUCCUGAAGGAUAGAACUUUGUUUGAAAGAUGCCUUUUAUAUGAUAGAGAAGUGACAAAAUCGUUAAUUGUGCUUUACUUUCUCUCGCUUUUCUUACAAAUAUUUUUGUUCCUUGUGCAGUGCCUAUCUCAAUUGUGCUAAUAAUGCUAAUAAUUUUUAUUUUUUUUCCUUUCAAUUUCGUAUUUUUGUGUAGAUAUACACCAUUUACAUGCUUACUUGUAAUUUACUUUCUAUCUGAAUUCAUGAAUUUGUCAAAUAUCCUGCAAUAUAGAGGAUAAUUUUAAUUUUUAUUAGUCGAAUUUCACUAAUGUUUAUUUGAUUUGUAGGAUAAUAGUGAUUUUUUAUUGAAACAUAACAGGUUGUUCUUUCAUAUAAAAUAAGAAGUUGUCAACUCCCCAAUACCCAAACAAGAAGACUAAUUAGUUGAGCCUUAAAGGCAUUGAUUUUAUUUGAAUUUGUUUGCAAUUAGUCUUUCAUACUAAAAUAUAAAUUUGAUUAAAAGUUCUAUUUCGCUAUUUGUAAUACUACGUUAAUUUAAACAUCCAAAAAAUAAAAUCCAAUAAUAUAACUUCCAGUGAGAAAUAACAAAAAAAAAAAAAAAAGAGGCCGAGACCCUCGGCGUAUUUGUGCAGUAUCGGCGCCGAGGCGGUUUCGGAUUUCCUUUCAGCUCAUAUCUGAACCGAAUCCUCCCCGUUUUCCUCCAAACUGAGCGGCAGUAUAAAACUGUGAAGACCUCCCGCUUCUUCCCUUUCCCUAUUCAACGGCAAAGCAGACGAUCUUCAUUCCUGGUGGGAAGGAUGCCAAUGAGGAGGCUUCUAGAGGUAGAGCCGCCGGGCCUACUGAGGUACGCAGUCGGGGCGUUGAUCAUGAUGGUGGGGGUCGUUUUACCCGUUGGUUAUAUGAUGUUCCGCAACAAGCGCGUCCCGUCUUCGUCGGCCUACUCGAAGCAGACGUAGAUUCUUUUAUUAACAUUAACUAUUGUUGGUGAUGAUCAUGGAUUCCCGGUGGUGGUGGUGGUGGGGGUGGCUACUCUUUAAGGAGUAAGGACUGUGUUUCCUUGGCUUUCCUCAUGAAGCUUUGAGUCUUUGACUUAGGAAUCCAAGGCUGAGAUUGACGAUGCCAUCGUUCCGCAAUUUGGUGGUUCACAGUCUGGUUGCCACUGUAAAACCACCACAUAUAUUCAACAUUUUAUUGGACGCGUUUCAUCUUUCUAAUAAAUGACAAGAGAAAGGCGUGCCCAUCCGGAAGGAUGGAUGGCUUGUCAACCUUUUCUUAUAUUAAGACGGAGAGAAGCUUUAUCUUCUUUCAUUAUGUUGGCAGCUUUUGCAGACGUAUCUCAUGGCGGUUGGCUGCACUUGUUUGGUUCGUGUUAUAUUGUUGUAGCUACUGUUAAUUUGUUGUUUGUUGAUUCAGUGAAACCAUUUUAUCAUUGUUAGACAUCACACUUUUGAUCCCGCUUGUAGAUGUUUCAUGUAUUUGGCGAAUGCUUUCUUGUUUAGUGAUUAGUUGGCAUUACCAAAAUUCCUCUGGCACAAAGUUUGUGUACAAAUCGUUCAUCUUUCACUUUUCCAUUUUGUGCUUUAACACAGUGCCGUUUGAGUGAGAGUUUUAAAAUUAGUGAAGGGCAAAACGAGACUAUGA